UGCUCCUGUGAUGUUAGAUUUAUAGUCAAGUAUAACUAUGUCAUCCUUUACAAGUUUGUACUUCGUCUCAUUUGCAAAUGCGGAACGUACUAAAAAUGUUAAUAUUUUUCGUGUUAUAUUUGUCAGCUUUCGUAACAGCUAAUGAAUAUGGUAAAAGGAGUUUCACUAUAGUAUUAGAUACUACAAUAUCGAUGCGGGAAGAAAUCGAUAUUUUAAAAUCAAACAUUGAAUCUGUUGUGAAAGUUCCAUUGUUUGAUAUAGAUAAUUAUAUUCUGUUACCUUUCGAGGAUCCCGGCUUUGGUCCUUCUUUUGUUUACCAAACACCUAGCAAAUUGGUUGAUGUAAUAAAUUUAGUAGAAGUCGGUGGUGGCAAUGAAUGUCCUGAGAAUUCUAUGCCCGCGAUAGAGCGAGCAUUGACAAUCAGCAAACCAAAUUCAAUUAUAUUUGUAUUCACCGAUGGUUAUGCAAGCAUUAACAACAAAUUAAACUCUGUUGAAAAUUUAUGCCGAACCACAAACAGUCAGGUCAUAAUAUUUCUCAGUGGAGAAUGUGUACAAAGUGGUACCAAGUCUGUGGUGGGUACUAUAGAUGCAUACUUCGACAUUGCGAGAUCCUGUUCCGGUUCAGUUGUAAAACUUCAAUUGUAUACCUUUCGACAGGUAUUUAGAAUGAUGAAAGAAAUAAUGAAAACAGAUUGGACUGAGAUUGUUGCUAAUAAAACAUCGUUUGGACGAGAUCAAUUUACAAUUUCAGUCGAUGCUUACACAAAAUACUUGGUUAUGGUAGUCACUGGCGAGUAUCUUAAUGUAGAAAUAAUAGACGAAAAUGGCGAAACUCCUCCAAUAGACAGAAUAGUUAACACAUUGCAUUCCAAGGUAAUAAGAUUUAUUUCUCCAUCACUUGGAACAUAUAAUGUGAAAAUAUCCAGCAGAGGGAAAUCAUUAAUGACAAUUUACAAAAGAAGAGAAGUAAGUUUUCGAUUAGGUUUCUCACCUAAAUUGGCGAGGAACAUGAAGGAAACCAGUCCUUUACCUCUACCAGUUACCGUCAACUACAUAUUCAUCGCAGUAGCCGAAAUAUCAAUUGAAUUAAACUCGGUUUAUAUAAAAUUCGACGGCCGUCAUGUGAAAAAGAUUGAUGUUCAAAUCGUAGAUAGAAAUUUAGGUUUAUAUUCGGCGAGGGAAUACUUUGAACCCGAGAAAUCGUUUAAAAUUACAAUUUACGGUCACGAUGAAUCCUAUCAAAUCAUAAAAGGAUCGACGGGAACACUAACUCCACAAAAACCAAUUCAAGAACUGCAGAUCCAAAAACCGAAAAUAGAAUGGAUUGAACCGGAAGUUACGUUAGUGGAAUACAAGGCUAACAUUACCCUCGCCUGCAAAGUGUCCGGCUAUCCUAAACCAACAAUCUCUUGGUCCGAUGACACUGGGAACACGUUUCCUUCUGAGGAUGCUCUACUCGAGACACGUUCAGUUUUUAUAAGCUAUGCAUAUAUUAAUAAGGUGACCGAUAAUAGUACAAUUAAUUGUAACGCCGUGUCCUCUAAAGGUGAAGAUACUUUGUCUAUGAAUCUUUUUGUCAAUAGAACACUAACAUUUGAAGUUAUAAAAUAUCCUGAAGAUGUUACAUUUGAAUACACCACACAGGGUGAACUUUUUUGUAAAGUCGACGCAUAUCCAGAAGCAUCUAUAAAAUGGUAUCAUAAUGAUUCGUUAGUUGAAAAUACAGACAAUUUAGAAAUAGUAAAUGAUCAAAGUAUGCUCUUAUUAAAAUACAUGACUCCACAAUUGACAGGAGAGUACAGAUGUGAAAUUAGUAAUAAAAUUCAAAAUAAGAGUUACACCGCAAUAGUAGAUAUAUCAGGAAUUGAAUUGCCAGAAAUAAAAUUAAAGGAUUCCGAGCUCGUGUUCCGUUUAGACGAUAUGGUUGAUAUUGAAUGCUCAAUUAACAAAGGUGAACCAGUACCAGACGUGAAUUGGAAAUUCAAAACAGAAAAUGGUUACGAAGAUGUCCCUAGAGGGGUUAGUGUUGAAAAAAAUCAUCUUAAAAUCACGUCAAUCAAGACAGAGCAUAUUGGUAUCUACAAAUGCGAAGCUAAGAACAUUUUCGGUUCGGAUUCAAAGGAAUUGUUUAUUAAAGUUGAAUAUCCACCGAAAAUAAAUUUUUCUGAUAAAUUGAAGACAGUAAAACGAGACGAAGAUGUUGAAUUAGCUUGCGAAGUCGAUGCUAUACCAAAAGCGGAUGUAAGAUGGGAAAAGAAACAAAAUAAUGUUGUCAUACCUCUUGAUAGUAGACACGAAACGGAUGAGUGGAACACUCUCAGGUUUAGAGCAUUAUCCACAGACUCAGGAAACUAUUAUUGCAUCGCAGAGAACUCUUUAGGAAGGGCGGAACGAAUUGUAACACUGAAUGUUUUGGUCUCUCCGUAUAUUGAUCCACCGCCACGCAAAGUAAUAAUGAUCAGAGCUGGUGAAACGGUAACAUUACAGUGUAAUGUGCACUUCGGUUAUCCUCUCCCUACGACUAAAUGGGAAUUUAUAGCACUUAAUUCAACUCUCACGACUUUGUCAAGGGGAAAUUCCAUAAAUGACCUCACUUUAGAAAAUGUAUCAAAAUCGCACGAAGGAUCGUACAUUUGUUUGGCUGAAAACGCGGCAGGUUCUGAUACGAUUAAAAUUGAUCUUAAAAUGUUAUAAUGCUAACAUUGAAUAAUAAUAGUGGCUUAUAAUGUUUAAUACAAUUUUUUACUUGCUCUGUCUGUAUUA